AUGCCUAAACGACCAAAGAUUGACUCCGUAUACAAUGACAUUGAUAAAGAAAACACUCAGGAUGCUGUCCUCCCAAUUGUUACUCGAGACGAGGCAUCUCAUAGAAGGAAAUUAAGGAAAUUAUACUUGGAUAAUAAGAGAUCAAAUGGAGGAACUACAUCGUCAUCCCUCAAUAUUGUAUCCACCAAUAUUAAUUCCACUUCCACUCCAUGUGUUACACAACAUCGUCCAGUUUCACCUGAUGUGACUCUGAUUCUACAAAACAAGGAUAGAGAUAGCAUGCGAUUACCUAGAUCUAUUAUUGACAAAAGAAGAUCUACUACCAUAGGUGUUACAUCGGAUAACAUAGUCAAUGUUAUUGGUUGUCACAAUUUUGAAUCCACUCCUGAUGUGGCUAAUAAUGUUACUCCAAGUCCGUCAAGUAUGGUAACAAGUAACAUUAGUUGUAGUACCAGCAAUCUGACAACGAGAGAAAAUGGUUUUCGAAUUAAUAUUUCAACUGGCAUCACAUCAACCACCCGCACAUCAUCAUUGAACUGUAAUUUGCCAAGGCUAUCAUCUGGGAAACGUAAGUUGGUAUCCAAACCAUGUAUUUCAUCUCCUAUACCAAUGAUCGACUUGACCACAAAGGAAACCGUAGAACGAGAUCCUUAUAAAGGUGUUUCUACAUAUUAUUUGGAUCAUGGUGAUCAAGUUAUUACUUGUGAAGUUUGUUAUGCAAAGUUAUGGGAUGCAGAGAAAGGAAGCGGAAGAAAAGAGGGUGGCAAAAUAUGCCAUAUGUUAUGUUGUGGUUAUGCCAAAGUUGUGUUACCUGAUUACAAAUCUGCGACACCUUAUUAUAAAAGUCUAUUCAUGUCCAAUGACAAUGAAAGUAGGCACUUUUUGAAGAACAUUCAACGUUACAAUUCUAUGUUCGCGUUUACGUCAAUGGGUGGUAAGGUUGACCAGACCGUUAAUACUGGUAAUGCUCCUUUUUGCUACAGAAUUAGUGGUGAAAAUUAUCAUUCUAUUGGUAGUCUUGUGCCAGAAAACGGAGGGAAACCUAAAUUUUGUCAGUUAUACAUAUACGAUACUGAAAAUGAGUUGGCAAUCAGGUCUUCAGACGAUGCUUCCUCAUCAACCUCUUCAGACGAAACUGAUAAUAAGCUGAUACAACAAAUCAAAGCAAUGUUGGAUACCAACAAUGUGCUUGUGAAAAUUUAUAGGAUGGUUAGAGAUUGCUUCCAACAGAAUCCUAAUACUACUUUAAAGCUUCGCCUUAUUGGGAAAAGAGAACAAGAUGGUCGGACUUAUAACUUACCUACUUCCUCCGAGGUUGCUGCUCUUAUUGUUAGAGAUAUUGAUAACGCUCUUGAGAAUAGAGAUAUCGUUGUCGAGACACAAACAGGGUCAUUAAAAAGAAUAAGUGAGUUGCAUCCUUCCUAUCUUGCACUUCAGUAUCCUAUUUUGUUUCCGUAUGGAGAUGACGGUUACAGAAUUGACAUACCCCAUAGGGGUGUCAUUGAUGUUACUAACAAGAAACGUCCGAAUUGUAAAAUGAGAGAGUUUUUUUUGCGUAUCGUGUACAAGAUCUUCUUGGUUGAUGCUUAUACGAUGAUUGAGAGCGAGCGACUUAACUUUAUAAGAUUUCAGCAACAUGAUCUCAGGUCUGAUACAUACGAGAAUAUCCGAAAACUAAGAUAUAACGGCCAACAAGAUUUGUCUAAGGUUGGCAAACGUAUUUUCCUUCCAUCUUCGUUUACAGGCAGGUCACGAUAUAUGAUGCAAAACUAUCUUGACUGUGACAGCCCGAGUUCUCAAGUUGUUUACACUAUUGAGUUUCAGAAGCGAGGAUUGCCUCAUGCGCAUAUGUGCUUAUUCAUGGAGAAUGAUUACAAACUUCCAACUGUAGACCAUGUUGAUCAGUUUAUUUCUGCAGAAAUCCCUGAUAUAAACCAAGACCCGGAACUAUAUACGCUUGUGAAAGACCAUAUGAUUCAUGGUCCAUGUGGUAACGCUAGAAUGAGUUCUCCAUGUAUGGUUGAUAGAAAAUGUUUGAAAGGUAUAUAUCGGCUUGUGAAGCCUCUUGGAGGAUUUUUUUCGAAUGAAGUUAAUUAUAGGAGUCCUUCUAUUAUGAGGUUGCCUUUCCAUCUUCCUGGACAACAAACAGUUUGUUUCGGUCCUGAUGAAGAUGUUAAUCAGGUGCUAAACAAGCCAUCUGUGAACUCAUCAAUGUUUUUGUCUUGGAUGCAACGUAAUCAAGAUCCUAACGACCCUGUUGCACGUACACUAACAUAUGUACAGUUUCCACGUUUUUAUGUGUGGAAGCUUGACCAGUGUAUAUGGGUUCCGAGAAUAAAAGGAAAAACAAUUGGAAGAAUUCAUUCCGUUUCUCUGUCUACCGGUGAAGCAUACUAUUUAAGAAUUCUUCUUAACAAAGUUAAAGGACCAACAUCGUUUGAUGAUAUUAAAACAGUUAAUGGUCGAGUGUACGAUACUUUUAGAGAUGCUUGCUAUGCGCUUGGUUUGUUGGAUGACGACUCGGAGUACAUUGAGGCCAUCAAAGAAGCAAAUAUAUCAGGUAGCGCAGGUUAUAUUCGCAAUUUAUUCGCCACCAUGUUACUGUCAAGCACUUUAUCUAGACCUGAAGUAGUCUGGGAAAGCACAUGGAAGUAUAUGACAGAUGAUUUUCUGUACAGAUUCUCAAAGUAUCAUCGUGUUUCAGGUUUAUCAAUUCCUGAUGAGCAACUAAAGAACUAUGUUUUAUGCGAAAUUGAGAAGUUUUUAACUCGAAAUAAUUCAUCGCUUCGAAGAUUUGUAUCAAUGCCUUACCCGGAUACUUCAUCUUUAGAUAACUUUCGUUGCCGAUUGAUUAACGAAGAGCUUGCAUACGACAGAACAGAUUUACAAAAUGUUUAUCAAGGUCAGGUGAAUUUGUUAACGGAUGAACAACGUUCAGUAUAUGAUGAAAUUAUGAACGCAGUUGAUGGAGACAAUGGAGGAGUAUUUUUUGUUUACGGUUAUGGCGGAACUGGUAAAACAUUUUUAUGGAAAACAUUGUCUGCUGCAAUUAGGUCAAAAGGUGAGAUCGUAUUAAACGUUGCAUCUAGCAGAAUUGCAUCAUUGCUGUUGGAUGGAGGAAGAACAGCGCAUUCUAGGUUUCAUAUACCUUUGAAUCUUAAUGAGGAUUCCGUUUGUCACAUUAAACCUGACGAUGAUGUAGCUAAAUUACUACAACAGACCAAACUCAUUAUAUGGGAUGAAGCUCCUAUGGUUCAUAAACAUGCAUUUGAGGCUUUGGAUAGAACUAUGCAUGACAUUUUCAAUAUAUCUAAUUCAUCCAGGUCUGAUGUUGUAUUUGGAGGAAAGGUUAUUGUAUUUGGUGGUGAUUUUAGGCAAAUAUUACCUGUUGUUCCAAACGGUGGACGACAAGAAAUUGUGAAUGCCUCGUUAUGUUCGUCUUAUCUGUGGAGGAAGUGUAAGUUGUUGACGUUAACUAGAAACAUGAGGUUAACCGUUGGAAGACCAUCAUCUGAAGUUGAAGAGAUCAGUAAUUUUGUAAAAUGGUUGUUGGACGUUGGUGAGGGAAAUGUUGGUGGUUCCAAUGAUGGAGAAGCAAUAAUUGAAAUACCACCUGAGCUUUUAAUUGACAGCAUAUCUGAUCCAAUUUCUAGCCUGAUUGAUUUUGUCUAUCCGUCAAUCUUGGAGAACUACAAUGAUCGUAAUUACUUUAGUACCAGAGCUAUACUUGCGCCUAAGAAUGAGGUUGUUCACGAGAUUAACGACAGAUUGUUGGCACUUUUCCCAGGUGAAGAAAAAGAGUAUCUUAGUUCUGACAGUCUAUGCCCUACUGAAGAUGGCAAUGCUGAUCAGCAAAAAAUAUACUCACCCGACGUGCUGAAUGGUCUUAAAGUUUCUGGUUUACCAAAUCAUAGGUUAGUGCUUAAAGUUGGUGUUCCAGUAAUGUUGUUGCGAAAUAUUGACCAACGAAAUGGUUUGUGUAACGGUACAAGGUUAAAGGUGACAAAACUUUACAGCCGUGUUAUUGAAGCUGAGAUAAUUUCAGGUGGAAAUAUUGGUUCUCGGACAUUCAUACCAAGAAUGAAUUUGGUACCUUCGGACAGAAAGAUUCCUUUUGCAUUUCAAAGGAGGCAAUUUCCAAUAACGGUAUGUUUUGCGAUGGCGAUUAACAAAAGCCAGGGCCGGUCACUAUCUAAGGUUGGUUUGUACUUAAGACAACCAGUUUUCACACAUGGUCAAUUGUACGUAGCUUUAUCCAGGGUUACAAGACGAGAUGGAAUCAAGUUAAUAAUACUUGACAAUGAAGGCAGGCCUACAAAUAAAACAAUGAAUGUUGUAUAUAAAGAGAUAUUCAAUGGCUUGUGA